UAUUCGAGGCGCAUCUGAACGAAACUUCCUCGGAACCAGAGUCGCUCGCACGUUUUUCUCGAAGAAAUUGAAAAAAAAAGUGAUAAAAAAGAAUAAAAUUUACGACUUUCUCGCGCGAAAAAGAAAGAUUUCAAUCGCGUUAUUCGAUCGCGAAAAGUUGCGUGAACAUAAUAAUUCCGGAAUCUGAUCGAUGAGGGAGAAUGGCACAUUACGUCGAUCUCGCUGCGUCCUUUAUUAUCCUCCUCCUGACGGCCCACCUGGAGCAGCUGGUCCUGCACAAACGAGCGCUCGUUGUCGAGGGAAGAAUGGAGGCUCAGUUCGAGAAAUGCUGCGGUCUUGGAUCGUCUUGGGCUCGGGAAGGUCUUAGGUGUGAGAAGUUCACUGGGCCUGUGACUGGAGUGCCGAGGGUGGAGCAGGGUCUUUGUCUGGAGGCUGUAGAUAUCUGCUGCGUUCGGGCAUAUCACGAACUGCAAUGCGAAAAAGGAAAAGCCGACGCACGCAAAGGUCUGGCCUGCGUAACGAGCACAACGGCAUCGCAAAGAUCUCCAAAGACUCUCAGUCGUGGCGAUUAUCAUCGCGACUGUUGCGAGGGUUGCAAGCUUGGUAUCCUCGCGGGGUCUAUGGGUCAAGGAUGUUCCUUCAAAAGCUUCUCGUUUGGCAUUCCUUGGGAUCCCGCGUUUUUGGAAUGCUGUCGCGAAGCGUCGCCGAGCUCCACGACGGAUCUUACGAAGUUGGAUGAUAUUUGUCAACUCAUGAAAGGCAUACUUUGCUCUGACAUUUGCGUACCGACGCCGGGCUCGUAUCGCUGCAAAUGCCGCGACGGCUUCACUUUGUUAGAAGACGGAAAGACUUGCAGGCAGAAUCAACCAAUCGACAGAUGCAAACCAACUCACCCCUGCGAGCAUCGGUGCACUGACAAUGGAAUGGCUGUAGUAUGUAGCUGUAAUCCAGGGUACGACUUGGCCAACGAUGCACGUUCAUGUAUCCUGAGGUCACCGAGGAAAAAGAUGCCGGACAAAGACGAGGAUAACGAAUCGCCGUUAUGUCCAUUGGGCUAUCGUUAUAACGCCACCAAUCAGGUGUGCGACGACGUGGAUGAAUGUCUGGAACGCAACGUGUGUCCCGAUGGAGGAUGCCAGAACACCAUAGGAUCGUACAUUUGCAUCAAGGAGAAAUCCGCGAAGAGUGCAUCCUACGAAGCAUGCCCUCCGGGUUACGAGUGGCAUCCAUUGACAGGUGACUGCGCAGAUAUUGAUGAGUGUGUCGUUUUAUCAGCUGCGUGCGCUGCAGAUAAACCAUUUUGCGUGAAUACGCCAGGUAGUUACACGUGUCUGGAAAUGACCGGCGUGAAGUCCUGUCCUGCGGGAUUCAAAUUCGACAAAUCAUUGCAGCUAUGCAAAGAUGUGGACGAGUGCGCGGAAGAUAUUCACAGCUGUGCGGCAGAUGUCGAGCAAUGUCGAAACACUGAGGGUGCUUACGAGUGCGAUAUAAAAUGCGGGAAAGGAUUCGUAUACAAUAUCGGCCUGGGAGUUUGCGUCGACAUAGACGAAUGUAUCGAGUCGAGCAAUCCUUGUCCCGAUUCUGACACGAUUUGUGUUAACACGGAGGGUGCGUACGAGUGUACAAGAACAUCAUCGAGUCCUUUUCCACGUCUUCUAAAUGACAACAAUCCGUCCGAUCAUCAAAAGAAUAUGCAAUCGAGUUCACGUAUGAUUUGUUCGGCGGGAUACAAACCCUCUAACGAUUCCAGAAUAACGAGAUGCAUCGACGUCGACGAGUGCAACGAACAAUUGCAUUCUUGCGAGUUUGAUGAGCGUUGUAUUAACGAAAUUGGUAGUUACAGAUGCCUACCGCUUGAAAUCAAUAAGGAUACAUCCACCACGGAAGAAAUCAACGACAACCAACGCGAUGAUCGAUUUAGUCGGGAGUACAAAUUAGAGGGAACGAAUAUUUCGUCGGUUAUGAAUGAAAUCGAGGAUUGCAGCGACGGUUAUUUUUUCGAUGGGAAAUCAGACCGCUGCAUCGAUAUUGACGAAUGUGCCAAUGGAAUAGCGAUUUGCAGUACAGACGAGCGUUGCGUGAACACGGAAGGUGGUUACCGAUGUUUUCCAACUUGUCCACCUGGUUUUCAGCUGCGUAAUUAUUCUCGAUCUGCGAACGAGAUCAAGGAACGUUGCGAGGAUAUUAACGAAUGUUUGUUAGGUUUACAUACCUGCAAUAGCUUGACUCAAUAUUGUAUUAAUACGAACGGUUCCUACGUUUGUGGAACACGAACCACCACUACUACCAGAAUCGAGACGACUAGUAGCACGACAACAAGAUCGUUCGUUGGUUCGCGCUACAACAAAGUAGAGGUAUCUAGAAGUAUAAGUUUUAGUACGGAUCGUUACUGGUCCACCGAACCCUGCAGAUUGGGAUACAAGAGAGACGCAAGUACAGGCUACUGCGUGGACAUAGACGAGUGCGUGAUCGGUCCUGGGUGUCGGGAUCAUGAGAGAUGCGUGAAUACUCAAGGGGGCUAUGAUUGUUCACCCCUUUGCAGCACUGGCUGGUACUUUAGUACGACGACGAAGAGCUGUCAGGACGUGGACGAGUGUUUGUUAGGCGGGCACGAUUGUCCUCAGAGUACGCAUAGAUGCAUCAAUACCAAUGGAUCCUUUGUUUGCGAGUUAAUACGACCCUGCAGUCACGGCUAUAGACGAGCCUUCAAUGGCACCUGUCUUGAUAUCAACGAGUGUUCCGAGAAUCUGCAUAACUGUCGACUUAACUUGCAUCAGUACUGCGUAAAUAAAGAAGGUCACUUUGAGUGUUUGACUAGGCUACCCUUUUGCCCGUCUGGAUAUGAAUAUUCUUUGGGCGCUCGACGAUGCGAGGACAUCGAUGAAUGUCUAACCGGGCAAUACAGCUGUGACGCGAGAUUUUCCGAGAGAUGCGUCAACCUGCCAGGUACCUACAGAUGCGAGAGACCUCCUCCUCGUCAACGCCAAAGACCAGCUUGUCCUUCCGGCUAUCGGUAUCACCCUAAUUUACGCAGGUGUACAGACAUUGACGAGUGUGCGGAAAAAUUGGACACAUGCGGGGAUAAGCUCUGCUACAAUCAACCAGGUGGUUACAGCUGUUCGAUGCCGCCGGUUCCAAUGACCAGAAAACCGACCACGACGGCGAUGCCAGCUCCGAUGAACGAGAAAUGUAUACGCGGCACCAGAUUCGUGAGGAAUCGCGGCUGCGUCGACAUCAACGAAUGCAGGGAAUUGGAGGAUGCUUGCAGCAGUAACGAGAUGUGCGUCAAUACCGUAGGCAGCUAUACGUGCACCUGCAAGACCGGUUUCAGGCGUGAUAAUCUCACGCAAGCCUGCGUCGAUAUCAACGAAUGUCAGUUGCAGGAGAAUGACUGUUUGCCGACGCAGCGAUGCGACAACACAAUCGGCAGCUACACAUGCACGCGUUUUCUGCCUUGUGGUACUGGUUAUACUCUUAAUGCCGCGACGGAGAUCUGCGAAGACGACGAUGAGUGUGUUCUGAACACUCACGAUUGCGGGUCCGGAUAUCAGUGUAGAAACACCCUGGGCUCGUAUCGCUGCGAUCGCAUUCCGCGUAUACUGCCGACUCCGCCGCAGUCACGUACGUCGCCAAUGACGACGGCGAGAAUUACGACGAUUAAGACGACGACGCCGAUGUCGUUGACUACGACAACUGGUUCUCGGGUGAGCUGCCCGCACGGCUUUGAGCUCGGUUCUGGAGGCAAAUGCGUGGACAUAGACGAGUGCCAAAGAACGUCGAAUCUCUGCGCCAUGAAAAUGUGCAUCAACACUUUGGGAUCUUAUAGAUGCGUAUCCAGGUUGAUCUGUGGACCCGGUUACAUGCUGGACCCGGCGUCCGGACAAUUUUGUACCGACGUCGACGAAUGUCGGGAAGGAACGCACGAGUGUGGCAAGGAUCAAAGCUGUGAGAAUCGACGAGGGGGAUAUCAUUGCGUCUGUCCGCCUGGUCACGCAGUUGGUCCCAAUAACGAUUGCGUUGACAUCGACGAAUGUAGUUAUGCUAUUGGUAUUUGUGGACCAAACAGCCACUGCGAGAACACUAUUGGCUCAUAUAGGUGUAUAUGUGGAGAAGGCUUUGAAAACGUUGGAGAAGCAUCCGGUGUCUGCCAAGAUAUCGACGAGUGUCAGCGAACAACGGAUCUCUGUCAACACAAGUGCUUCAACGUCUGGGGCGGCUAUCGAUGUGGAUGCGAAGCUGGAUUCAGGCUACAUGCACUUGACAACCGUACUUGCAACGACAUUGAUGAGUGCACGGAAUUCAAGGACAGUCAUCUCUGCAUCGGCAUCUGCGAGAAUACGCCGGGAAGCUAUGCGUGCAAAUGUCCCGAAGGAUAUAGGCUCGGUAACGAUGGCCGAACGUGUCAAGACAUCGACGAGUGUGAGACCGGUCAAGUAUGUAGGAAUGCGGAAGAGAUGUGCCAGAACGUGCGCGGAAGUUUCCGAUGUAAUCGGAUAAACUGUCCCUCAGGGUAUCACCAGGACCCGAUGAGAAAAAAUCGCUGUGUGCGUUCCUCGAGGUUUUGCCGCAUGAACGACCUGGCUUGCCUCCGAUCGCCCUCACAUUAUUCCUACAACUUCAUCACCUUCGUAAGCAUGCUGCCCAUGCCGUCCACCGGUCAAUUGGAGCUGUUCACUAUGAGGGGAAGCUAUCAGUCCGAAUCAACGGUACAUUUCACCAUGGCAUUAGUAGACGUACGCGCACCACCGGGUGUCGAGCGUGCCACGGAGUCCUGUUUUGCCCUGAAGAGACCGGCGCCUUCACAGGCGGUCCUGGUGCUGACGCGCACGAUUCCUGGACCACAGGAGAUUGAGCUGGAUCUCACAAUGGAGAUUUACCAAGAUGCUACGUUCGUCGGAAGUGCCAUCGCUAAGAUCUUCAUUUUCGUCUCGCAAUACGAAUUCUGAGAUCUUUUGAA